AUGACCGAGCACCUGUUGAAAAUACUGAUUGUUGGUGAUGCCUUUGUCGGGAAGAGCUUUAUUCAUCGCUAUGUCAAGGGGCAGUUCAACAACAUGUACAAAACGACAAUAGGAGUGGAUUUUUCGAUGAAAGUGCUGCACUGGUCAGAUAAAGAAAUAGUCAGACUGCAACUGUGGGAUAUCUCAGGCCAGGAGUGUUUCGGAUCCAUGACCAGGGUUUAUUACAAAGGUGCACUGGGCUGUGUUGUGAUGUUUGAUGUCACCGAUUCAUCCAGCUUCUUCAACUGUCUCCAAUGGAAACGGGACCUGGAUGACAAGGCUAAGCUGCCCAAUGGAGGCCCUAUCCCCUGUAUCCUGCUGGCCAACAAGUGUGAUCUACCCCAGCGAGCUGUGUCAGCAGAAAGCAUCGACACGUUCGGUAAGGACAACGGCUUCAUAACUUGGAUGGAGACUUCAGUCAAAGAGAACAAGAAUGUUGGAGAAGCUAUGAGGAGGUUGGUGGAGAAGAUUCUGUCAGUUCAGUCUGGUCUGGACCCACUGGAGCCCAGAUCUGGAGACACUGUUAAUCUUCAACAGAACUCGGAGCUCAACACAGAAAGGAAAUGCUGCUGAAACUCUGCAUGAAAAACCACAGCACAAAAAUAAGCAUUUUCAGCAGUUUUACGUCAAAGAAGAAAACAAGCGACACAAGUUUUCACAGUGCUGUGGCUGUUCUUUGCUGUGCUGUUAUCAUGUAUA